AUGGGCGGCGGCGGCAGCCCUCGCUCAGAGCGCCCGCCGCCCGGCCCCCGCUACCUGCACGGCGCCGUCGCCGAAGCCCGCCGCCAGCUGCGCGCCGCUCGCGCCGAAGCAGAGGCUGUAGACGCCGUGCGCCUCCCUGCCCAGCGGCACCCUGCGCGCCGCCGCCGCCAUGCUCCCGGCCGGGCGUCCAGCGGUCGCCCCGGCAACGGCCGCUCCGUUGGCGCCGCGGGACCAGCCGCACGCGGAUCGCCGCCUUCCGGGACGCGCCUCCUGCAGCCCGCAGAGCUCCGGCUGGCUUUGCGGCGGGCCUCGGAGCCUCCGGCUGCCGCCCACCUGGCCCGGGAUGCUCCGGUGGCCUCGAUCAUACGAAAGGUGCUGGGAGAAGACCGGGGGCAACCUCCACGGAUCCUGGUGGUAGACAUCCAUCCUCCCCAUUGGGACCACACCUGCCACAAACUCUGUGAAGCCUUGGAAAACGUCUUCUGCUUAGCCUGCAGCCUGACAGGCCCACCACGCAUCCCUUCCUUCAGCCUCUACGUGGUCCAGAACCAGCAGGAAUGUCUGCUGCCCUUCGUGGCCCUUAAAGGAGGCUUUGCUCGGCUGCAGAGCUGCUUUGGGGAGCUGGGUGCCUUGCCCAGAGAAGGGGUGUUCCAGCCCAAGGAAGACGCUGUGGUUCAAGCAGUGCUGGACGGACUGCAGCAGUUCAAACAGUACACUGGUCAAGGCAUGGCCGGAGCCUGUCUGAGCAGCUCUUCUGUGGAGAUUACAAUCCUGACUAGCCAGCCCAACAGAAAAAUAGCCAACCAACUGGAUGCUGGCUUGCAGGGUAUUGACCUGGUUAGCCUCCACCAACUACAGGUGGUCGAGAUUUCUCAGCAGGCAGUCCAGGAACUCUCCAGGGCAGAGUGGGGCAGAGAUGUACCCAGCAGCAGUAGUGGUGAGAGCACCACAACCUUGAACACGGAGGUUGAUCUACACACCGUGGAGAACGAUGUGGUGGCCUUAGAGGACUUUUUCAAAGCCUGGCUGCAUGGCCACUCUCCUGAUCAAGAGCACCUUCACCUCCUCCUGCCUGCCAGGACCACCAGCUGCUCUGGGGCACCUGGCAGCGAUGCAGCAUGGCUGAAGUGUGAUGUCCAGGAGAGAUUUCUCAACCCUGCCCAGCUUCCUGCCGCUUGUGAGGGUGGAACAGGAGGAAUGGACAACGCUGCCGGUCCCUUCCGGAUGGCGCCUGGCCUGGCCCCGCGCAGACUGAGGAUCCUCAGGGCGCUGAAGGCCGAUGGGGUCUGUGCGUCCCUGCUUUUUGGUCUCCCGCUAGUCCUAAGGCCCACAAGCUGCUGGCAGCUGAGCUGGGAUGAACUGGAGGCCAACCAGCAGAGUUUCCAAGCCUUCUGCCACUGCCUGUGGAAGCGGAAAUGGCUGCUGCUUGCCAAAUACGAGGCCUGGGGUGGGCCAGACCUCAGCGGACGCCUCUCCGUAGGCACCUUCCAGGUCCUGCUGCCCUCGGACUCCUCCACCCUGCUGCUGCGCCCGGUCGUGGCCCGAGAGCUGCUUCUGCCUUGCAGCUUUCCUCCCCUCCCUGCUGACCUGCCAGAAGCAGCACUGGCGGAGAUGGAGGGUGUCCUCAACGGCCUGGAGCUUGAGGCAACCUACGAUCCCCUGCUGGCAAACGGUCAUUUGUACCAGGCCCUGAAGAGGGGCCUGGGCCGCCUGCCUGCCUCCCGAGUUCAGCGCUGGGCACCAAGACAAUGGCCCCGCCAGGGAGGGCAGGAGCCCCCCCCCCGAGUUGCCCCAGCAGUGAUGGUGUUUCUUCCCCCACAGCAGGGGGGCCACAUGCAUCCCAGCAGGGCCAGGGCCACCGUGGCCCCGCUGCAGGUGGGCCUUCCGCCAGCUGGCUCUGGCAGCCUCCCCCUUUCUCCGAGCCAAGGAAAGGCGAUCCCAGAGUCCAAGAUGUAG